GUUAAAUACUAUGCAAAAAUAGGCUAACGUACGCCUUAACAACAGUAUACUACAUUACCCACAAGCGAAUGAGUGCAAAAUAUCCUACGGCAAGCAACAAGCCUUCGCGUAUUUUCCCUCGCCUCCGCGUACGCUAAUAACGAAGUUAAGCAGAAGUUUUUGUAGAAGUGUGCCUGUGUCAGUUCACCUGGUGUUGUUAAGUUUUAAAUGUUAGGAACGGUUAUUUAUACCGACUUUAACAACGCAAACAGCGGAAGAGUUUGCCAAAGUUAGCCGCAAAGCUAAAACAACUGGCUGGGAAAGCUAAAAACAACUGUAGCUAGCGGCAUAUGUAUAGUUAGUUAGGUAACCUCUUUUUACUAGAAGCUUCAUCAUGCGUCCUGAUGUUUUCAGUCACAUAUGAAUUAAUCUUAAAAUAUGCAAGACCAUGGUCGUACUAAGAGAGGGGAUGUGUCCUGGACUGGAUGAAGACUUAUUACGCGACCUUCGUGCUGCUGAUAUUAAAACAGUGGAGGACCUGGUUUCAUCAGACAUUGAGGGCCUUGCUCAGAAAUGUUCUGUAUCCUAUAAGGCUCUGUUUGCCAUCCGCCGAGUGCUGCUAGCCCAGCACACAGCAUUUCCUGUGUCAGGUGCUGAUCUGUAUGAGGAGCUAUUGAGCUCAACAGCCAUCCUCUCCACUGGAAACCCCAGCUUAGAUAAACUGCUGGAUUCGGGCUUGUAUACUGGAGAGAUAACAGAGCUGUCGGGAGGCCCGGGAAGUGGCAAAUCUCAGGUGUGCUUCGGUGUUGCAGUGCACAUUUCUUACCAGCUGAAACAGAGUGUGAUCUAUAUCGAUACGACAGGAGGGCUGGCUGCCAGCCGCUUGCUUCAGAUGCUGCAGGCUGAAACCAGCAACACAGAAGAGCAGAUGGAAGCUCUUCAGAGGAUCCACGUCUUCCGUUUAUUUGACGUUUACACUCUGCUCGACUGUCUGUACAGUCUUCGCAGUGGUGGGCUUCAGCAGGCGUCUGUUGGCGGCGGCUCUGUCAAGGCGGUGAUUGUGGACUCUGUGUCAGCUGUUAUCUCGCCUCUACUGGGAGGCAAACAGAAUGAAGGCAUGUCCUUGAUGAUACAAGUGGCAGGAGCUCUUAAGACGAUGGCAAAGGACUUCAACGUUGCUGCUUUGGUAACAAACCAUGUAACGAGAAGUGGCAGCGGGGAAGUGCAGCCCGGCCUCGGCGUUUCGUGGAGUCACAUCCCGAGAACCAGGAUCCUGCUGGAGCGAGUAGAGAAGGCGGCAGCUGUCAGCCAGCCCAGUCUGCGCUCUGCAAAGCUGAUCAAGUCUUCCAGACAGCCUUGUCACAUCAAAGAGGAAUUUGACUUGCAGUGGUGGAGUCGCUCAGAAAAAGGGUCCUCGGGAAAGAGGAAACUGGAUGAGACGGAUUCCUGAUGAGAGCAGCCGUAAUCCUCUGCAUAAAUGUCACACCAAAGGGAGCUACGACACGCCUCUUGCGGAUACAUUCCCAGAUCCAGCUGGGGGUCACUUUCUGAGCCUGGCUCUGUUCUUCGGGUUCGGCCAGAGUGUGCGUGGCGGAGGCUGCGUCGUAAUCUGGCACGAGGUCCCCGUCGUACGCCACGAAGUAUCGCCUCAGCUUGUUAAAGUCCUGCACCGAGUCGGGCAGGAAAAGCUUCACGCCGCUGAAGAUGUCAAGCAGCGUCUACGGGGAAAACAGUGAGGUCAGCAGAACAGACACCCUGCAGCAAUACUUUCCCUACAUUCAAGGGAGCAAAGUGCUCUGCUUUUCUGCACUGUUCAGGCUGUGUAAUAUUACCAAGUCACUGAUGGAAAUGAAGAAAAAGACUAUUUGAUAUAAAGACAUAAAAAGGCUUUGUAGAGCUCAGUCUGUGAUUAAUAUCAGUCCAACUCUAACAGUCAGUAAACCUUAACAGAAUCUCUUCACGUCCAAAGAAGAAUUUACAAACUCUGAAUUUGUUGCAGUCUCACAGGGGACACCUGCAUUAAAGGAUGCACACCCAGGCCUUGUUGAAAUAUAAACUAUUGUGGCAGUAAUUAAGGAACAAACAGCCAGUUUCCGCUUGUGAUUGCUUGAGAUAGUGGAAUGGUGUUAGUGAGGUGGCCACAUUUCACAGAGUGAAGACAAACUCUGUAAAGGUCAGACCAGGAUGUGAAUAAACAUUCAAGUUGGAUCUAACAAUCACAGCGGCUGCUCGGCCAAUACUCAGCACAAACCGGCCUGUUGACCUGGUUCAGUUAAUGACCUCAUAUACGCAACAUUGUACAUCUAAACUUUUUCUUCAGAAAUUGGGAAUUAUUGGCAUAAUUCUAGCUUCAAAAACAGUCCAUAAGCUGGUUAAAGGUUCCCCUGCCCGUUCCUGUUUCUGUCCUUUGACAGCAGUUACCAGAGUUGCAAAUAUAAAGAGCCACUAAACCGCCAAAUUUGGAAUAUUUGUAUCUUUAACACUGUACUGAAAACGAGAAAAAAAGUUUUAAAACUGUCAAGAUUUUAUUAGUCAGCUGGCCUCUGAGUGUUGUAAUCUAUAACCUGUCAAA